ACUGGAGAGCAAGAGACUCUAUCAACAAGCACGUGACUCAGUGUACGAGGGCGCCAGGGACGAUGUUUAUGGACCGCUGACACUAGUGGCUUCUAGUCUCAAUGCUCUUAACAAUCUGGGUCAUGUGGAAACCGCCGCUGCCAUUGAUUCGGCGCCGGCCAGAGAGAAGAUUAUGGAAACUCUUACCUACCUAACUCUGCGUGAUGAGGUGGAGAUAAUCCAAACGUUACAGUGUUUGGUGGACAUUACCCGUGGUCCUGUCCAU